ACAAGCGUACAAUAAAGAUAGUGUGAAAUUUUCUUACCUCAAAUCCUUUCCGAAAAGAGCGCAUGACCUGCUCUGCUUUAGGGAAAAUGAUUAAUUCGGAGGCUGAAAGGUGAUUCAAGUCAUGGCUGAGCCGCGAUCGCUGAGCGUUGCAAAGGAUAACUGGCUGACGGACGCGAGGGCGCAUAACCUCAUCUGGCUUGGACGCUGGCUGGAGCGGGCGGAGGGCGUAGCACGCGGAAUGGACACGGCUGCCAAGCAGGCGCUACGUGAGGGUGGCGGCUGCGAUACGCUGGUGGACUGCCUGUGCGACCUUGCAAGUUCGCUGGGAGUAACGGUCGUGCGGAGAGAAGAAGCCGCUGCGGAGUUGCUGUUGCGAAACUCCGGGUCGUCAGUGCUGCAGAGCCUGCUGAAGGCGCGGCUGUCGGCGACGCAGGUCGCGCCCGGUGGAACUGAUGCGCGCUCUGACCGAGGCUGUCUUAGAGGUACAGGAUCUGCCCAUAGAGGAUAUCGAAACUCCGCAGCAGAUUAUCGACAUCGCUACACAGGUGAUAGGCAAGAUUUUGGAAGCGGGUCAGGUAAUCGAGGACCAGUGGUUCGCCCGCGAGACCCUGAGCGACGAGGAGAUAUACCGUCGCUUCGCGCAGCAACAGCAACAGCAGCAUAG